AUGGCGAACCCGGCCGGUCCUCCCCUGGACGAGAUCCAAUGGAGCUCUCCCUUCAUCGCGGCCGGCAUGCAGGGCAUACACUCCAACAGCGUCCUCUUCUACUUUGCCGAGUCGCCCUUCUUCGACCGCCAGUCCAACAACGCCGUGAUUACGAACCAGGCCAUGUUCAACCCGGCCCUUCUCAGGAACCUGUCCACCCGCGAGGCCUUCGAGGGCGAGCUCGACAAGAUGACGGGGCUGGAGUUCCGCGUCCUCCAUGCGCCUGCCGACAUGGUCACGGGCACGGGCGUGUGGGUGAUUGUGAAGCAGAUGCGGCAGAAGAACCCGGAGAGGAACAGGAUAGAGACGAAGCCGUUAGCGUACUACUUUGUCUGCAACGAGAACAUCUACCAGGCGCCCACAUUGGGUGACAUCCUGAGCUCCAAAAUCGAAACGAUAGCAGAUUCGAUGCGCAAAGUCUUGCCCGCCGCCGACAGCGUGCGAAAGUGGACGCCUUCCCUGGGCCACGUCUACACGCAACCCACGACCAACCUCUCCAAUAACAAGGAAGACGCGGCAGCCAGCACGCCGAUGCCCGACGGCGGCAGCACCUCCAGCGGGGCCGCCGCAAAGUCUACGAAGAACAAGAAGGAAACCGAGGCCGCCGCGCUGGACAGGCUCGCAGAGGAAUCCUUCGCGAUCCACAUGCGCCACGGCGGGGACUACUUUGACGAGAACCCCAUCACGGGCAGACCCGGCGACUUCCACUUUGCGAGCACGGGGCGCAAGGACAACAGCAAGAUCGUGCCGCCGCCGCCGCCGGUGGCGGCCCAAAAGCCGCAGAAGCCUGGCAUCAACACGAAGCUGGCGGAGGAGGCGAAGAAGGACGGCAAGGGGGAGAAGAGCCCCAAGACGCCGAGCAUGCCGAAGCCCAAGAGGAAGAAGAGCAAGAUUGCGACGCCGGGUACGACGCCUGCUCCGUCAUAG